CAACUGUGUUUUUAAAAGGGGAAUUUGCAUCCCUUGAUCUCACACAUGUUCCGGUCGUGGUUAUUUCUCGACGCUCCGUCGACUCCGUGCCUCGCCUUUUAAUUUUUGUUACGAAAAUUGUUAUCGUGUUGUUGACCGUACAGAUUUAUUUUAUCGAUUUCGCGAAUGAUCGACGCUCCGACGAUUAGGCGACAUAGCACGAGAAGUUUUUAUACUGCAAUAUACGCAAGAUAUUUUCCAACGUGCGUAUGAUAAGGUUAGAUUGACUCCAAGUCGGUGAAUAUGAUCUUUGCGCGCGCUGCUGGAUUUCUUUCCAGGUACCUGUGUCAUGGAACUCGGCGUUGUUUAAACAAUGAUCGUGUGAUCUCGGCGUCAGUGGACACGCGAAAGGAAAGUAGAAAUGAGAAUCACAUUGUCUGGCUCGAUAUGGAGAUGACAGGGCUAGAGGUAGAAACGUGUCACAUCUUGGAAGUUGCGUGCUUCGUAACCGAUGAACACUUAGAGCUCGCAAGUGAUUACUUGAAUAUUGUUAUAUAUCAGUCAGAUAAAGUCUUACAGAAUAUGUCUGAUUGGUGCAAAUUACAACAUAAAAAAAGUGGCUUAAUUGAUGAAUGUCGAUUGAGUAAGACUACGUUGGCAGAGGCGCAAGAUAAGACAACGCGUUUUUUGGAGAAUCAUGUCCCGAGAGGAACGUGUCCGUUGGCUGGAAACUCAGUUUACAUGGAUCGCAUGUUCCUGAGGAAGUACAUGCCAUUGGUUGACAAUUAUUUACACUACAGGAUUAUCGAUGUUAGCUCAAUUAAAGAUUUGGCUAGGAGAUGGCAGCCGACUAUAAGUAAAGCAGCUCCAAAAAAACAACAUGCUCACAGGGCUGAACACGACAUAAAAGACAGUUUGAAUGAGCUUCGUUAUUAUAAAAAAUAUCUGUUUGUAUCAUAAAUGUAAAGUUAAAAUAAAAAUAGACAUAUUGUUCUUAUUUUCCUA